AUGUCCAACCAACGAGUGUGGCUUUGGCUAAAAGGAAUCUCUGGGAAGAUCCUUCGAGGAUUGCUGGCUGUCCUCCGAGUUUCCUUGGCUGGCUUGUGUGUUUACUUCGGUCGGUUGCGGGAUGUGGUGGCCCAGGCAGGAGCUGAAACGGGUCUCCUGGCCCUGAGUUUGUGCGUCAACCGGAGUAUUCACUUUUUGGAACGGAUUUUUUGGCUGGCGAUAGUCAUUAGUAGUGUAAUUGCCGCCUUGGUUCUCAGUCGGCUUCAGCUGGAGCGAUACUUUAGUUCACCAACUGUCAUCUCCGUGGAUCGGGAUUAUCGCGGUUGGAAUGGAUCCUUGCCAGCAGUCACUUUGUGCUACUACGACCACAUCGACUCCUUCAAGGCAAACGAGUAUAUCCAGGAAGUGUGGAAUGUGUCCAUCAUCGAUGAGGACUACUUUUACUUCAUGGACUUCCUCUACGCGGUGGUGAAUGCCACUGCGGGUAACUACGCAGAAUUGGCCAAGUUUGCAGAGGAUGAGCGUUUCGACCAGAUUGACUUGUACGAGAUGAUCCAACGGGUGGACAGACCCUUCGAGCAGGUAAUCAGCAGCUUUGAUCCGGACUUUCAGAUCCAUGUUCAAAGGGUAAUGACGGAACGGGGAGCCUGCUAUGCCAUCAAUUCGCCCAUGUCAACGGUUCUGAGUGGACAACCCGUUGCCUACGAUCUGAUGCCGCAGCCUUUGUCCUGUCAGUAUGGAAAACAGCAGUGCUACAUCCGAAUGGAUCUGUAUGAGAGCACUGGCGUGCUGGACGUCCACUCGCCAUUUGAGGUUUCGGCCACAGAGGCGAACAUUGUGGCCCUGCACAAAUCGGACGAGAUAACAGCCUCGUUCAAGGUGCUCGAAACCGUGGCAUCGAAAAACUUACACCAACUGAGUGUGGCGCAGCGCAAGUGUGUGUUUAACAACGAGGAGACUUCCAACCUGAAGAUCUACAGUAAAUCCCUCUGCCUGGCUCGAUGCCGUGCCGUGAUGGCUCUGGAAAUGUGCAACUGCGUGCCCUUUUUCUACCCGUAUGUCGAGGGUCCCAGUUGCAAUCCCGCCGGAUUCGAGUGCCUGCUGGACUUCAAGUGGCCCAUCUGGGCAUUGCACAUCUGUAAGUGUCCUUCCACUUGCACGGAGAUCGAGUACACCAUGCAGACGGUGAAGAAGAGUUCCUGGGGAGUCAAAAACAAUGAGGAGGUUGCCAGCAGCGAGACAGCCACCUCCAGUUUCCGAUGGGAUUUGAUUCCUCCGAAGGUUCGAAUGCGCCGCGAUGUGGUCUACAGUUUCGAGGAUUUAGUGGUAUCCUUUGGAGGUGUCCUUGCUCUCUUUGUGGGCGUCAGUGUGAUGGGCCUGGUGCAGAUGGGCCAUGUGAUCAUCUACAACUUGCUGCUGGACGUCUAUGCCCUCAUCCGCAGAGUCGUGGGCCGCUUGAGGCGCCUCUGGCGAAGAGAAGACGACCACAAAGCGGAGGCGAGCCGCCUCAAAAACCGACUGCACCACCUCAAUGAGCGCCUCUCUUUGGCCGACACCGCUGAACUGCCGCCGUUCGACUAUGUGAAUUGAUAAGCGACAAUUAGCUGGCAACCCAAAUGCGGUCAAAAGUUUAAUGUUACUAGGAG